UCACUUAGUUCUAAGUAGGAGUUGCCGAAUUUUCCGAAAGUUGCCGAAUCUAGACGAGUGGGUGCACAAUUAGAGUGAUGGAGAGUACAGACGAGACAAAGGAACCCGACAAGACGAGACAAAGGAACCCAACAAGACGAGACAAAGGAACCUAAUAAAACGAGACGGAGAAAACACGAGGAGAAAACAUCAGAAUAAAAUCAGAUAUACUUUACGUUUCAAAACCGAUUUAUCGCAAAGAAAACAUUUAUCAUCGGAAAGGUCGAAGAACACGAUUUGUAAAUAUUUGAAAUUCAGCAAUUUGCGGAUCGAUCACAUACAGGCUUGCAGAACUUGAGAAAACAACGAUCGCUUCAAGAUAUAAAAUAAAAAAAUGUCGAAAAUAAUUUUAUUGUUAUCAAUUUUCGUAUUGGUUGUUAUCUAUCCCGAUGUGUAUGCAGAAUGUCCUGGCGGUUGGAAAGUCUGUUUCGAAAUGUUUCGGUGUGAGCUCUACGGGGGUAGUGCCAAUCAAAGUUCGUUGUAAGGCUGUUGAGUAACGGUUUAAUCGUAGUAGUGCAUGCAUGCGCCCCCUUCUACUAUUUUUUCUGCCCCUUCUUUUCUAAGCAGGCUAGCGCUCUCUCACUUUAAAACGAAGACGUACGAUUCAAAUUAAGAGCAGGGACUCAAGAUCAACCGGGAAAGGGGUAUAUAUAUGUAUAUAAUUAUUUUUUCACUGAAAUAAGUUUCCGAAAUCUAAAACUAAAAUGGCCAUAAUAAAAAUUUUGGUAAUUACUAUCAGCGUAAUUCAAGCAGAAAUUCUACAAUUUCCAAGAUUCAAAUCACUUAACAAUUGCAGGGAUUACCGAAUACAAUGCAAUUCGAGUAAUGAAAUUCCGUGUUGCCAAGAAAAUAACGUGUGCGUGAAAGUUCAAAAAGAUCUGAGGACAUAUACUUCCAUAUGUUUGAAACCGUUAAAAUUGGGAGAUCUCUGCGAAGAAAAUGUCGAUUGUUUGAUGUUAGGUCAUGCGAAAUGUGAUGAAGGUCACUGUGAUUGUUUGACUAAUUAUGGGAUACCGAAUAAGGGAACCAAAUGUUUGCCACUUAUAGGAGGCAUUUGUUUGGAAGAUGAUGAUUGCUCUGUGAAAAAUACAAUAUGUGUCAAUAAUAAGUGUCAAUGCAGAGAUAAAUACUUAGCUAUCAAUAAUAAUCAGUGCAAACCAUCAACAUUAGGAAAAAAAUGCAGAGGUGAUUUAAAUUGUAAUAAUGAAUUACAUAUGAAAUGCUCAGAAAAUGAAAUAUGUAGCUGUAAAAGUAAUCAUACCAUGAUAGAUAAUAUAAAGUGUGUUCCGCUUUUGGAUGAAUUUUGUUGGACUGGCGAAAAAUGUGCAGUAAAUAAUUCUAUAUGUUUUAAAAACAAAUGUCAAUGCAUAAAAGAUUACAAAGCACUUGGCAAUUAUAUGUGCAUUCAUACGGAUAUUUGAAGUCGCAUUGACUUAAUGACUUAUGCUGUUGGACUACUUCGACUUUAUGAUUAUAUAUAACAAUCAUCGGUUAUAGUUUUGAUAAUUUUUAAGUAUUUAUUGGAAUACUUAAUGAAGUGUAAAAUACUUUCGAAAGAUUAAACUGUCAAAAAUAUAAAAAUUAAAUAGAUUUUUAUUCAUAUCUGAUAUUAUCAUAUAUCAUUUUGUUUUAGUUUCAAUUGUCAAAUCUGGUUAUAUUAAUUAUAUUUGAUUAUAUAUAACUAAACAUGAUUAGAUAUAAUUAAAUAUAAUCAUACUGAAAUUUUCCAUGUAACGAUUUUCAUCACAAGUCGCUGGUCAAGACAUUGAUCACAAGAAUCUUUUGAUAGAUACUACAAAGACUUGGCUGAGAUGAAGCCUACACAACAAUUUUGUGAGGUAAAAGACCCAGUUACUGACCCUAGCCCAGCUUCUGACCUCAACAUUUUUCUUACGUACUUAAAAAACUAUAACUUUAAAAAAAAAAUCAAUUUUUUCUCAAUUUAUUGUAAUUUAUUCUGAGUCUCAUUAAUGGUUAUUUAUAAAACAUAGGAAAUAUUAAUUUAAUAAAACCAAACAUUUUAGCCAUAAGUGGCUAAGGCAGCGAGUUUUUAGGUAGAGUCUAAACAGCCCGAUGAAAAAAGAUUUUAUACAAUUAUAUAUAGACUAUAUAUUAGGGUGGCCCAAAAAAACCGACUAUAUUUUUUUUUUGAGUCUCUUAUGAAAAUUUGUUGAUUCAAGAUGUUUUAAGAAGCCUCUCCAAAAAUCAGCUAGAUAAAAAAUUUUCAAGAGGUCGCUCACGAAUUUUGAAAAUAUCAAAAAUGAUCGAAAUUCAGAUUUUUUUGUUCUAAAUUUCUUCUUUCUCGUGGCAGCUAUAGUUUAUAUUUAUGAAAUCAUGACUACGCUGAAAAUUUCAGCCCAAAAUUAAAAUAUUUAAACGUCGCUCAAGAAUUUUUAAUGUUUUCGAGUACUGUCUCUUGGAUGUUUUCGAGCGACCCUUGAAUAUUAAUAAUAAAGCUUCUCAAUUUUUUUACCUUCAAUUUGUAUCAUAAUGAAUAAAAAUACAA